AUGCCCGCUUCUCACUCUUCAUCAAUCCAGGCUUCGCCUCGCCACAUGAGGCUGGUCACUUCACAAGAUCUCCUCCACACCAGCAUAAACGCAACUCUCUCGACAAAGACGGACCGCCCUUCAACUCCGGUGCACCACAUCCAAGAAGAUGAUUAUGGUGUUCCGGCACCUCCUCCUCCCAGCCCAGUCAGCUUCAGACCCGAGCACUGGGCCACGCCGAACCGCCGCUGA